GGUAAGGAGAGGUCUGCUGUCUACAGCGGCCAUCUGUCUGCUUAGUGGACAGUCGGGAAGUGCUGCUUCUGCCGCCGAUGGAGACCAGUCUGGAACUAGAUGUUUUGAUAUACCCAGAUGAAGUGAGGCUUGCUACUCCAGAAGAUCUCAGGGAUUGGGAAUUGGAGACAGCGAGCCAACUGUCCAUUCCCACCGCUCGAAUCUUCGUGGCACUUUACCCAUACAACCCUGCUGCCAUGUCUCCUAACUACGAGCAAGCUGCAGAGGAGCUGCCCUUUGUGCCAGGCCAGAUAAUCAAGGUGUAUGGAGACAAAGACGCUGAUGGUUUUUAUCACGGAGAGUCUGGUGGUCUGUCUGGAUAUGUGCCAAGUAACAUGGUGGCGGAAAUUCCAGUGGAAGAUGAGUACCUGAAGUAUCUACUCAUGCAGCAGGGAUUUAUCCCAGUAGACCACACAGGUAUGUCUUUGACGCCAGAUCUGAGCGACACAGUCAGCAUGCCCGAUGAUGUGGUCGUCCGCAGAAUGAUUGCCUUGUUUGACUACGAUCCAUGGGAGAGCUCACCCAACAUGGACAGCGAGGCUGAACUUGGCUUCCAUUGUGGAGAGAUCAUCUAUGUUUUGGGUGAAAUGGAUCAAGACGGAUUUUACUAUGGGGAUCUUCACGGAAGACGAGGUUUGGUUCCAUCAAAUUUCCUGCAGCCGUUACCCUGGAACUAGAAAAGACUCGCUAAUCUGUUUGCUACAAAUGCCAAGUUUCUUAGUGAUAAAGACAAAAUCCACAGCUUUUACAAGGAUAAUAGCUGAAAAGUGUCAAACACACAUGUAUUUUCUUAAGUCAUUUUCAUACGGUAGAGUAAUGGCGCAUCUGCUGUAGACUGCAAAUACACGAGGCUGACCCAACAUUUGCAACCAGGAUGUUGCAAAGAGUUCUCAUCAAAUGUGAAUUUGUCAGAAAAGUUUUUUUAUUGCACAAUUUCAACGAACGUUGAUAUAUAUAAAAAAUACACACAUUUCAAAUAAAUCCUGAUGUUUUUAUUCUGGUUAAGAAGACAGAAAAUUGUACAUUUUAGAGUUGAUCCAUUUUUGCCUUAUACUACAUUUAUACAUUUUAUAAUAAUUCUGACCUAAUAUACAGAAAGAAUGUUAUUAUUUUUUUAGAUUUGUUGCAAAUUUUUGAAAAUAAAGAUUUGUUAAAAAAAAAA